AAUCGAAUCUCUAAAUUGUUCAGGCAAAUUUUAAGUUAGCUAACUUCCCACUGUAGGCCCCCAACCGCUUGUGUCAUUGGUGAAUGACCGAAGAUGUCUCACAGCAGGUUAUUUGCCAAGCUGCUUUUGCAGCACAGUGGAGUCAGACACUGUUAUACUGGAACAAGAAAGAACCUCUACAUCAAUAAGAACACCAAGGUCAUCUGCCAGGGUUUCACAGGAAAGCAGGGAACAUUUCACAGUCAGCAGUCUCUUGAUUAUGGCUCCAAGUUAGUUGGAGGUGUUUCUCCUGGGAAGGGGGGUCAGACGCACCUUGGCCUGCCCGUCUUCAACUCAGUCAAGGAGGCAAAGGAGGGCACAGGGGCAGAUGCCACAGUGAUUUAUGUCCCUCCACCGUUUGCGGCUGCAGCCAUCAUCGAGGCCAUCGAAGCAGAGGUGCCGCUGGCGGUGUGCAUCACUGAGGGCAUCCCCCAGCAGGACAUGGUGAGAGUGAAACACAAGCUCCUGCGCCAAAGCGCCACUCGCCUCGUAGGCCCCAACUGCCCAGGAGUCAUCAACCCUGGAGAAUGCAAGAUCGGCAUUAUGCCCGGGCACAUUCACAAAAAAGGAAGAAUUGGCAUUGUUUCUAGAUCGGGGACCUUGACGUAUGAAGCGGUCCACCAAACCACACAAGUUGGCCUGGGCCAGUCGCUCUGCGUGGGUAUCGGUGGGGAUCCAUUUAAUGGAACAAACUUCAUAGACUGUCUGGAGGUGUUCCUGCAGGAUCCCAAGACAGAGGGCAUCAUUCUUAUUGGAGAGAUCGGAGGGAACGCCGAGGAGAACGCCGCUGAAUUUUUGAAAGAGCACAACUCUGGCGCUAAUGCAAAGCCCGUGGUGUCCUUCAUCGCGGGGCUAACGGCUCCUCCUGGCCGCAGGAUGGGCCACGCUGGUGCCAUCAUUGCUGGUGGAAAAGGUGGAGCCAAAGAGAAGAUAGCAGCCCUGCAGUCAGCCGGAGUUGUUGUCAGCAUGUCCCCUGCUCAGCUGGGAAGCACCAUGUUUAAGGAGUUUGAGAAGAGGAAGAUGUUGUAAAGUGUGCUCGAAGACGACCGGCCUCCCGAAACCGAAGGUGGACACGUCCUACAGAAUCAUUAAACUCUGGUUAUUUCAUCGACAAAGCGCACACCCAGUAUUUCUAUUGUAAUUUCUGCCGUCGACUUGUACCUUGCACAUGAUUAAAGAAUAAAACGUUAGUGUCUUAAAGGUACCGAUACGAUCUCGGUUGUACUCGUUCUAAGAGCGGUUUUCCUUUUCCUUCCCACGUGGGCACCAGCUGAAAGUUGGAUGCCAAAGUUUCAUUCUGUAAUGCUGUAAGAUGUGUUUCAUCACCCAUUUUACUGGCUGUCCACUUGAAUAAGAAACACUUCUCAUAUAUCAUUUUCCAGCUGUGUUGUCUGUACUUUCACACAACGAGCUCGGCUAUCUUCAGAUUGUUAUUUCAUCUUUUUGGUGUGAAGGUUUUGCACAGAUGAGAAUACAAAAGGUGUCGAAUCAUCCCA